AUGCUCAUCUUGGGUCGUAUUCUUCUGGGGAUUGGUGUCGGAUUUGCUAAUCAAUCUGUCCCUAUUUAUUUGUCAGAAGUUGCUCCCUACAAAUACAGAGGGACUUUCAACGUGUUAUUCCAAAUGGCCAUCACCAUUGGGAUUCUGAUAGCGAAUUUGGUCAACUUUGGAACUAGCAAAAUCUCUGGCGGUUGGGGUUGGAGGGUUAGCUUAGGAGGUGCAGCCGUGCCAGCACUAGUCAUCCUGGUUUCCUCAAUGUUUCUCUCUGAUAGUCCGAGUUCGUUGAUAGACAGAGGAAAGAAAGAGGAGGCAGAACAAUUGUUGAAAAAGAUCAGAGGAGUUGAUAACGUAAAUGCUGAAUUUAAUGACCUUGUUAUGGCGAGUGAAGCAUCCAAGAAAGUAGAAAGGCCAUGGAAUAAUCUUUUAUUCGUCCGAAAGUACAGACCGCAGUUGGUUUUGUCAAUUCUGAUUCCAUCUUUACAGCAGCUUACGGGAAUUAACGUGGUCAUGUUCUAUGCUCCAGUACUUUUCCAAACAUUAGGGUUUAAGAGUAACGCUUCGCUUAUGUCAGCUGCUAUCACUGGCGGUGUCAACGUGGGUGCAACUUUUAUUUCAGUCUUUUGUACGGAUAAGUUUGGGAGGAGAAUACUCUUCUUCUGGGGUGGCAUCUUCAUGUGUAUAUUCCAAACAGCAGUGGCAGCUCUUAUUGGGGCAAAAUUCGGAACAACAGGGACUGCAACAGAUUUGCCACUUUGGUUUGCAGCUUUAGUGGUUGUCUGCAUCUGUGUAUUCGUUGCUAACUUUGCGUAUUCAUGGGGUCCUUUAGGAUGGUUGGUUCCGAGUGAGAUAUCUCCAUUGGAAGUUCGAUCAGCAGCACAAUGUGUUACGGUCUCCAUGAACAUGUUUUUCACAUUCGGAGUAGCACAAAUAUUCUUGAAGAUGCUAUGUGGGAUGAAGUUUGGUCUAUUUAUCUUCUUUGCGGCGUUUGUGUUAAUAAUGACUGUGUUUGUCUACUUGUACGUGCCCGAAACAAAGAAUAUACCAAUUGAAGAGAUGUCUCAAGUUUGGAGAGAGCAUUGGUACUGGAAGAAGUUCGUGGCCGAUGAUGAUGCAGAAUCAAAGCCACAAGGGAAUGGCACAAAGCCUGCGAAGGAGAUAGUCUAA